AAGAUCGGGUCUCUCUAUUUCUGACUUCCUCUUGUCUGAGUCGGGUCAAGCCAGAAUCUCAUGAUAGGGGAUAUGUCGACCGAACGGCGACCGCGAACGGCCUGGGCUACAGAAAGAUGGAUUCGCGACGGGUAUCCAGGAACGGACAGAGUGGGAGAGCUUCCAGAAACAGGGGUUCAUCGCUCCACCAACUCAAAUGAGUUUGGGUCCUUGAAUCCGGAACCUACCAGCUGCCUACCUCUUCCCAGCAGACGAUGCCAGAGUCCGUACGUUUGGCACAUCCAGCAAACACCACACAGUCUCGACAGCACGCGCAGCACAUCAAGGAACCACAGAGCCACCGUCCAGAGCCACAGCACCUUCCCAAACCGGCCCAAGGCGCCCUCGCUCACCAACCACAAGCCUUCGUUUUCCAUCUCCACUGUCAGGCUUCAACCAGUCCAGUUGCACCACUCAGAGGCUGGCUUGCCAGGGGCCAUCCACUCACCGACCUGUUGACAUGCAGUGCAGUUCAUGGCCUGCAGUGUCGCUCGCUCCCAGUUCGGUUGCUACUGCAAUUGCGCAAAUCCCGCGUUCGCGUUGUCGGUCGGGGAGGUCGGGGUCGGUUAGUCGGCCGGGUUACAGUCCCCGGGCUCUUCUGCGGAGCUGCGCACAGAACGCUUUGCGGUUCGUGUCUCUCUUCUCAGUCCUCUGAUUCGCCCGGCCUUUCCCUUCUCUUUUGCUUCUUUUCCUUCCAAGUCCCACACUUCCUCCACAGGUCAAGGGUCAGACCGACUUCUGGGAGUCGUGCACGGGUUCGCUUCCCGUUAGCUUUGGUGGCCCUCAAGGUUCUCGGUUCGGUUCGCUCUGUGAGAAACUGCUGACUGAGAUCAAAAAGUCUCCGAGUAAAGAGGACGAGGAGGAUCACCAAAGAAGUCUCUGGGUUUCUAGCUCCAGCACUUGAAAAAUGCCUCGUUGUGUUUUGUUUCUAUUCACGGCUCGCUUGAAGCACAAGCGAAAGCAAA